CUCGGAAUGCUCUAACCCCACACGUCACCUUCAUAUAAAUACCACAUCUCGGACACGGCUCACGGCAAUCUAAGCCAGACCGCCUCAAUUUCAUAUAUACUCCGUAGAUUAUAAAUUUCAUUUCAUUUCAUUUCAAUCCAUUUACUCAUUCCUCUUCUCUUUUCUCUCCCUAUAUCUUGCGGAGUAUAUCUUCGCACCUUCCCCUUCUAAUUGGAAUUCGCUUUCCGGAUGAUGGAAGCUUCUGGAUCGAAGCGGAAGAAGCUGUACAGAGGGAUUCGCAUGAGGAAGUGGGGGAAGUGGGUUGCCGAGAUUCGCGAGCCGAACAAGCGCUCCCGGAUUUGGCUCGGCUCCUAUUCCUCUCCCGUCGCGGCCGCGCGAGCCUACGACACCGCCGUGUUCCACUUGCGCGGCCCGUCGGCUCGGCUCAACUUCCCGGAGUGCAUAGCCGGCGGAGGCGGCCAGAUGAUACUUUCAGCCGCUGAUAUUCGGCAGAAAGCCACUGAGGUCGGCGCGCGCGUUGAUGCCGCCAUGCUGACGUCAUCGCCCACCGAGCACAGCCCGAAUUCGAAUUUGAAUCAGAAACGGGUCGUUAUGUUCAAGCCCGAUUUGAAUGAAUACCCGAGCCCCGAGAGUUCUGAGGAGGACAACUGAAUCCGACUUGAAUGGCACGCUAUAGCUUAUACUCCGUACAUAAACUUUGUUUUCUGUAAGCUUUCAUUACAUCAUGAUUGAUGGAAGACGUUUUUCCAUAAAUAGUUUUGGAAGACGUUUUUCCAUAAAUAUAGCUGAAAAUUGAACUAUUAUGUAGAGUUUAUAGAAAAAAUGUGAUUAAAGUUGAAGAAAUUGUCCCUUUCAAACACAGUUGAAGGAG